AUGGAUCAGGAUUCGAGAUCAUCCGAGCCGCGAGAACGUGCCGUCUCCUCCGAGCCUUGCUCAACUCGACCUAACCCAUUUGACGACGGUGACCUUUCAGCCCGAAAACGUCGUAGGACCUCUCUUUCUGGUUCGAGGAGCGCGUCUGUCGAUACUCUCCCGUCUCGGGACGACGCCGUCGCUUCCGACCCCAGCAUUAUGAAGGUUGACACGCCCGAGCCGCUCCCCCCGAGCACGCCAGCUCGUUCGGAGCCCGCUACCGAGCCUGUCUCGAGCAAGGUCACUAUCAAUCUACGAAAUGCUGACAGCCUUGAAGAUACGCCCUCUUCCCCGUCUUCCCCUACACCCGCACGAUUCCGCAAAGACAGCAUCAAGGUCAGCGUCGAAGAACCAGAAGUAAACAUGAUAGAAUUACCUUCGGCUGAAGAUGCCUCUUCGUCCGCGUCCGACAUAGACAGUCCCGAUGUACCUACCGUAUCCUUCGAGGAAGACCUCGUAUUCUGCAAUCCGGAACCUAACGUAACGCUUUUGCCGGAUGGAAGAGCAGCGCAAUUUAGUGCUACUAUGCUAGAUUUUCCCUACCACAGUGACGGAGAGUCAUAUCAGGAGACAGUUGCUCGUCUUGCCGAGUAUUUUCGCCAACAACCUACACAUGUUGACGAGGCCCUACAACUAUUGAAUGGAUGGUUGAGUCGCUAUAUAGCAUAUGCGCACAUCGAGUUUUACCCUAUGGUUGUAGAAGCAUAUCAGGAGAACAAACAAUUCUGGCAGGCUCUUCCCGAGCUCUUCUACACCAUAGUUCACCGGCACGGUUAUUCCAAAUCAACACAGACUCGAGAGAUCAUUAGUCAGAUGUUUACGCAGAUCGCCAGACUUACUGGAUUCCUUCUGAAUGUUGACUGCCGAACGCUGGCAUACGCCACAAGCAAGGAGGACGUCGAUUUCGAUUCAAUAUGUCCAAGUUUUCUUAAACUGUUUGGAAGUCUUACGAGCAAGGACGAUAACCAGUUGACCAAUAGUUAUCAUCUGGCGAAUCCGGGAUUUUCAGAGUUGCUUGAUGUGCUCCAAGCAAAUAGCGACGGAUUACAGGCCCAACUGGCCCGCUUUACUGACUUACUCACGAAUAAUCUGCUCCGAUCCCCCAAGAGAGUAAUGGAUAGCCUCGCCGGCGCCUCUAUGCUCAUGGAUAGCCUCGUACGUGAUAGCCGCAGAAAGCUGUCAUACCACGGGGCCUACCCCCCUGUGGCUCUCGAACGGGCAAGAAGAAAUUUAGCUUACGGUCUGGACUUCUUCAGAGCCGUUGCGGAUGCCUUGGAUGUCGUGAUAGAAAAGUCUAUUAACAAUCUUAGUUCGGAGACUGUUGUUUCCCUUACCGCCUCUCUAUCACCCAUUCUCAAAUUCAGUCUGCUUGGUAGCAAUGCCGAAGCUGAUAGGCUCAUGCAAGACCAUCGCCAACAGCACCCGAAUCUUCCAGAACAAUUCACACCCGAGGCGAUGAAUUUAGAAUGGCGAAUACGCACAUUCUGCAAGCUAGUAAGAUCGCGUCAGAUGCAGCUCAGAGUUAUGGCAGCGUCUACGCUCUGUGAAGACUUAGUUCUUCAAUGGAGAACAUACGUUGAGCGCCAGGAGAUAGGGGACGACAAUCCCCACUUGACGUACCUCCGAUAUUUGUCUAGCUAUCUUGUCGACACCGGGAUCGUUGAUUAUCUUCUCGGGCCAACGUGCCACCCGGAGAUCACGCAAGCGAGUUUUAACAUUGUUGGAUUUUUGGCUGUUACCAAGACCUACACGACCACGCAGACGAUGCUUCUCUGGCAGACAUUAACGUCUACGCAGGACCCUCGAAUAUCCGACGCCAUUGUUCGUAUGAUGUCUAAGGUGGUCAGCUUGCUUGAUUCGGAAUCGCUCUGCUAUAUAUGCGAGAAGUUCUAUGACCUGCCCGUCGAGGCCUUUUCUUCUUGCAUGCGCGAUUUCUUCGAUAAUGUCACGAAAAGCCUGCAGGAAAAAAUGAUGCCUUACAAUAAUAUGCCUCUUACGCCGUACAAAACCUGUGUUCGAUUACUCCAAGAGUCUUCUAUUUAUGGGCCGCAAGGCUCUGUGGCAUACCCGGAGAUUCAUCAAUUUGCCUUAUCCAAGUUUAGCACCCUUCUACACACGGGACCAGACCACCAGGGACGCGUAAGCAUGUGGCUGGAUUGCGUGCAUGAUAUCGCUGCGAAAACACCGAUGACGUCUGGGAGUCUCGAGGUACUUCAUACGCUCAUGAACCAUACACCAGUAUUGUCGGCGAUGUUAGGUGAACACGACUCGACGCGGCUUCUCGUUGACGAACUUGAAUCUACGAUCGAUAGAGCGCGGGCUGUUGGAUUUACCCCUGUUUAUGCAAACGCCAUCAGCGUUGCUCGCCGAAAAAUUCUCUCGACCAUCAUCACGAGCCACAGCUCUACCAUUGAUUCGGAACUUGGCCGACGUCUUUGGGACCUGCUCGUUGGGAAUGGCGCCGCAUGCCAGGAAGAUAGAAAAGCUGCCUGGGAUGACUUGAAUGUGGCUCUUCGAAAGCCACGGCACAACAACCCUUUCCUCGACGCUUGCCUGCGAGAAUACCUAUCAGAACUACCCCCCUCCUGCUAUUGCGGAGGCGCCCUUGCAUUUGUCCGAGAAGCUAUCAUCCCCCUCGCAAACGAUAUCAAUGGUAUGGUUCUCGACGAUGAUGAUAGUGUUCGGUCAGCUGGGCUCGAACUACUCUGGCAGAUGAUCUUGACAGCUCCUAAUCAUACUAUUGAGGAGACGGCUAUCUCUACGCUCGUGGACGAUAUAUACGUCGACAGCCAGUCGAUAAUGUCAUAUCCCCUUCAUCGCGCACGGAAGGUUCAUUUUGCCCUUGUACAGCGAUGCUUGCAGCAACUCAAGCGUGCAGCCCAAAAGCUGAAAGAAUUUGGUAAUGGAGACUCUACGAUAGCGGUAACUAGUAAUGAUCAACGCCAAGAACAGGAGUUACAAUUCACAAGGUCCCUGCAGGUGCUUAUAGCACUUCUCAAGGCGCUGCAGGCGAGACCCCAUUUUGCUGCGCCUGAUUUGCGAUCGCUCAUGUUGCAGGCUCCUAGCCCGGUUGACGGUGACUCUGCGGAGUUAAAAUACCAAUCUUUUGAUGGCGAGGAGCAGACUGACGUUAAGUCCCUGAAUAUUGGACUGAAGAAUACUGCUGCCUCACUCCUCGCUAGCUUGCGCGAAGCCACCGGCUUCGACAAUUACCGGCUGUACUAUCGCGGACAACCUUUAGCACCAUCAGAGGGCGCUAUUUGCAAGCCUAUCGAAGAACUCGACAUCAGAAACGGGUUGAUACUUGUGAAGAAGGAGUCCGGAAUCGCCACAUCUAAACGCAUCAAGCCAGGAGCUUCGCCGCUCGACAUUGAAAUUCUGAGUCAUUUCAAGGACUUGUGGGAGUACCUAAGCAUGGAAGAGAAGUUGGCACGAGAAAUCUACCAUUUUCUAGUAUCCCUCCCAGCCGACGAUUCGAUCCUGACGGCAUUCGAGAACCCCGCAACCUCCUAUCGAGACGUAUUCCCCCUUGCGCAACCUUUCAAAUCGCUCUAUGCGUUACACGCGCUUCGCGAGUAUCUUAGUACCCGACAGCUCAAGAGCAAUGUAAUGCAAGUGUCUUCCCCGGAUGGUGAGAGUCAAGUAGAUACCGCAAACGACCGACAAGACGCCCUUAUUAGAGCGAUAUCUUUGAUUGUGGCGGCAAUCUGCGAUCCCGAAGUUGUCGAGCGAGGCUCUAGCGAGGGUCUGCAGCUCAAGCUAAGUCUUGAACUUGUAGACAACUUCGUGCAGCUCUUGAAACAAAUCCCGAACAUUGAGACUGUUAUGCAGCUCCUGAACUCGACCCUCCAAAACCGGCUUUCGGCGAUACUCACGAGUGCUGCGACGGCUCAAACCAACCAGAUCAGCAUCGAACUAAUCAGCCGAACGUUCGAGGCCCUUCUUGAGCCUUGUGCAAAGAGUAACGCAUUCUGGGAGGGGUUGCAGGAUGGAAAGGGAGUGCAGAAAGUGGUCCAGCGACUUCUUCUCGAUGAUUCACGUCCUAUUGUUCGAAAGAACGUCGCAAGGCUGAUCACAUAUAAGAGCAUCGAAGGUUACGGCGUAUCUGGAAGACGCUCUCUGGAAUUUGCGGAACUCUUUUGGCCUAUAGUAUCCCAACUCGUGCCUCGAGCCGCUAGAGAGCCGAGCAAAUGUGAAGAGACGUUUCUUCUCUGCUUCGAGUUACUCCAUAAGCUUAAUGACGAGAACCCUGGCGUCAUCGACUGGCCCGCCUGCAUCAGACAAUGUGCAGAGCUGCUAUUAUCGUACACGACUACGGAAGACAUCGCUCAUCCGAAUAAGGACUUCGUGGCACAUGGCCUUAUCACCAUUCUAAACAUUGGAAUCACAGAAAGAUCGAUUAAAAGGGAGUUGCUCCAACUUCCUGACAAUUUUGUCCCGAGACUGUUCUCCCGACAUUUGUUCCCUCCUGAAGAUGGGAGUGACGCGCUGGUGCCAAAGGUUAUCCUCCACACCCUCUCGCGAAGCAUGUUAUACGAUAUCAUAUUCGCUUUGGUUAAAGACGAUAUCACCCAGACUACCCGUUUACUGCACGAUCUGAACCAACUCACAUCGCACCGUAUCGAAGAUGGGCUUGAGAUUUACAAGUAUGAGCUUCCGCAAGCUUUCGAAAGAUCAACUGCUAUUAGGUCAUCUUGCGGGUAUUCUGGACUACGAAAUCUUUCGAACACUUGCUACCUAAACUCUCUCUUUACACAACUGUUCAUGAAUGUCGGAUUCCGUCGCUUUAUGCUUGAAAAGCGAGUCCGUAACCCGGCUACGCAUGCAUUACUCCAUGAGACCCAGGUUCUCUUUGCAUUUCUACAAGACAGUCGACGGCGUUGGAUAGAGCCGACGGCCUGCGUAGGACAGAUCACAACCUAUGACGAGACUCCUAUCGACAUCCAUAACCAAAUGGAUGUAGAUGAAUUUUAUAGCCUUCUAUUCGAUCGGUGGGAGGCUCAGUUCUCUCUAGAAAGCGACAAGAAGAGCCUUAGAUCGAUCUACGGAGGCGAAUUAGUCCAACAGGUGAAGUCUAAGGAAUGUGAACACAUUUCUGAGCGCAUUGAACCAUUCUCUGCCAUCCAAUGUGAUAUCAAAGGCAAGGCAGGCCUCGAGGAGAGUCUUCAGGCCUACGUGGAUGGCGAGAUCAUGGAAGGAGAUAACAAAUACAAGUGCUCAGAGUGUGACCGUCAUGUUGAUGCGGUUAAAAGGGCGUGUCUCAAGGAUAUUCCAGACAACUUGAUAUUUCACCUAAAGAGGUUUGACUUCAACCUGAGGACGCUGACACGAAGUAAGAUCAAUGACUACUUUCCAUUCCCUGCCAAGGUCAACAUGCAACCUUAUACAAUCGAGCACCUCAGCGAUCCUUCUCGCAAUUCUGAACCAGACAUGUUCGAAUUAGUGGGAGUACUUGUGCAUUCCGGGACUGCCGAGUCCGGUCAUUACUACUCGUACAUUCGCGAACGGCCGACAGCAAGCAAGAUGCCCCCUUGGCUUGAAUUCAACGAUGAAAUAGUGACGUCGUGGGAUCCUGCACAGAUGGAGAGCGCUUGUUUCGGAGGACCAGAAUAUCGACCACAAUUCGAGGCUGGCACCAACUAUGAGAAGGUUUACAGCGCUUACAUGUUGUUCUAUCAGCGAUCUUCCUCGCUGCAGAAGGAGCAGGAAAUGCUGACAGCGUCGGGCCAUACCGGUCCUCUCCGGUCUGACCUACCCAAAGUCCUCGAGUCUCAGAUCAGUGACGAUAACUGGGCAAUUAUUCAACGACACUGCCUCUAUGAUCCAGCCCAUAUGCCCUUUGUGUACGAAGUACUCCUUAGUUCUUGGGGUGCGAGGUGUUCGAAAGAUCACAGGAAGGAGAAUUUAGCAAUGCAAACAGCACUCGGCCAUUUGGAUCAAAUUGCAUCACGAGCCAAGGAUCUUCCGGAUUUUGACCAGCUCAAGGGUUUGUUGGUUAAAGUCUGCCAACGGUGUCCUAUGUGUUGCUUCUCGUUCUUCGAUUAUUUCAGCCGGCACAAAGACGCUCUGCGCAUGCUUUUGCAGAGAAACACGGACGCAGCUGUCCGUCAGGAUGUAUGGAGGAUCUUGAUAUUUUCUCUCUGUAACAUCAAGAAGCACUACCCAGAGGAGUACGGUUCGUUUGACAGUGAUGGUGACAUACACCUUGGUAUGGUAAGCCGUCGCCCGAGCGUAAUGGACGUCACCAUGGAUCUAUUCUACCAUAUCUGGGACGCGUUCCACCUGCGCCUCAACUCUUGGACCGAGUGUUUUGGAGCUAUGCUUGAUUUCGCCCGAAUGGGGCGCUUUGAAGCAUCGAUGUUCCUGGACAGAGAUUUCCUGUUCAAAUUUAUUAUGGUGAUCGCAGCGGACCAGGCUUUUGAUCUCCCAAACCAAUACGCUAGGUUGCUCAACGCGGUGUCUAGGAGGUCUGCGAGGCCACCUAACUAUGAGAACCUCAUCGCCCUAAUUGACGAACUUUUAUCGGUCGUGGAGCCGACGCUAAGCCAGAAUAACAUCCUGGAAGAGGCUCAUGGUCGAUUAUUACUAGCACUUCAGGGAGAGCCUGUUCCGCUUACUGCCAACGAGGUAAAUCUUCUACACAGGGACUGGACGAGGGGACAGGCAAACAUCUUUGCGGAAAAGCUAAUCUCGCUCAACCAAAACCCUGCGGCCACGGAUUCUAUAAUCGAGCGCCUUAUAGGGUUUAAUCCGGUGAUGGAUCAAAAGAUCUACGCAACAUUACGACUCGACAUCACCGGGGACCUGACCUCUCAUGUGGUAGCUCCUUACCUUCGUGCCGCUAUAACUUAUUGCCGCUGCAGUUCUAAUGGCGAGAAUGUCCAUCGCCUGAUUUCCUAUGUGGCCGGUCAAUGCAAAAACUUGCAAAAUGCAGAAGGUCGCGCCUUUUUCGAAUUCCACCGAGACGUCUUCGAUGGGGCACGUAACACGGGGGAGACGAUGGAAAUGAUACAAUUUCACGGUCUAGACAAUAUCCCAAAAUGGGCCCCGGGACUGCUGGGAUACAUCGACCAGGCAUUGUUUAGGCACGGACCUUCGCCCACGUUUGGGGAGAGCAACGGUGGGCUUGAAAGGUCACAAGCGAUGAAUUCGACUGCUAGGCGGUUGGCAAUAUCUUGUUUGGAGUAUCUACGGGAUACCUAUGUCGUUCGCGCAGCACAGGCAGCCAGAUAUACUGUCGUUCCCCUGGAUCGAGUCAUCAAGAAGUGCGAACCGUAUUUUCACCUUGACGAGGAGAUAGAUACCGAUCUUGAAGUACAGUUCAAUGAACUUUGUCGAGUUGUCCUGGAACCAAUGGACAGGCUUACGGUCGACGAAAUUGAAGAGGACGGUUCCGGUAUGUGGAGCGACUCUACCACCGCCACCAUGGACUAUGACUGA